UAUCUCAUCCACUAUCUCAAUAUCCUCGAUAUCUUUGUGACCUGGCGCCCAGCUGAACUGAAGUCGCUUGGUUCCGACGACACUCUCCUCUACUGUCCUGCUUUCCAAGACACUACUGGUCGAAAGGCGAAUAGAGAUUAAAGCCUGGCUGUUUAAGAUCUUAACGCUGGAUUAUAGGCUAACUCUGCAGUUUUCUCAAUAGCAAAUAACUCUGCUUGAAAUAUACCGCACUGAUCCGGCAACUGAAAAGGCUGCCUUAUGGCUAACUCUAGACAAUAUACUCCGCCCUCCAUUUUCGUGCCAUCCGUAGAAAUGUUCAAUGUGGUGCUGCAAUUAUAUUUCCAAUAUUUGCUCUGAUCCUUCUUUCUUAAGAAAAAAGUGGGAUCAUGUAGUCGCUGCUUGCCAAACCAGCAUUACCCACCGAGCUAUGUCCGAAGGUUAUAUAGUAUAUCUAAACUCUCAUGCAACUAGUAGUCGCCCCACCGAUUUUGCCGCAAAGUUUUCAAGGAAGAGGUCUAAAAAUGGCAGGCUUAGUAUAAGUUCAAGAACAGUCGUUGGGAUGUGUUGGAGGUUAGCCUCCCCGUUAAGGACGGCGGAGCGAGUCUGUAAACCUUUACCAUUGGCUUUCGGUAGGUACAUUUUUGCAAACCAGUCCACCACACUACUUAGUGGAUAUUUUUUAAACGGUGUUAGAUCUCCGAAAUAACAACCCUUGGCCGAAGAAAAUCUGGGUCAAUUUCAGUAACGUAGAACCGGCUGUUGUGGGAAUUGACUACAUAACGGAUCUCGAUUUUAGCAAUAAAUUGUGAUUUUUUUGAAAAAUAUUUAGUCCGCAAGAGCUGACGCACCCUAAUACAGACAAAUAUAUGAGGACUAAAAAUGUGAGUGGUACGGUUGCCUUGGGUUCAUGGGGUGAAACUCAAUCACUUUGCAUGCAAUACUCAUAAAUUUUUUUUUCAGUUUUUUUUUUACUUCAAACAUUUAUUUAAAUUUUUACGAUUUUUGAGCAAGAACACACGUUUCAUAGCUACGCAUCACAAUUUUAUGUGUGCGGAUUUUUUUUGUUUUUGUAGUGAUAUUUUUUUUUUUGCAAUAAUUAAUACGCGCGCGCCACAUUCGGUCCAUUUGUCUGACGUAAUAUUAUGCGAAGAAGUGUUCGGUCCAUUCACGCAAUUUAGGCUUAGAACGCGAUAACGAGUAUAUACAUAGUUGCUAAAUUUCCGAUAACAAUCGAACAUGGACGAUAUAGAGAGAGUGGAGGGGCGCAAAAGCAUCGCUCUGUUCCGCAAGAGCAUCUACGGCGGUGAUGAAGUCGAAUUCGCCGAUAUUUUUCAAUUCGAUAUUGAUGAAGACGAUCAUAAGAAAAUAUUACAAGUGAUGAGGGACUCACUGCAGCGCUUACCUGAUAGCUUUCGAAGCAAUAUUUUGGACCGAUUCAUAGAGGAACAUCCCGAGUUAAACUGGAAGAUUGAGGAAACUGGAGAGAAAGACGAAGAUCAAGACAACAUAGAGGACAUUUUGAAAACAUUUCGUUUUGAUAGCUUAAUUCCCUCGCGUUGGGUGGAAGUUCACGAGACAUUUGACAAAAAACUGCGCCCGUUUUCGAGCGCUUUUAUGAUCAGAGAUUCCGAAAAGUUUUGGGCCAUAAUUCAAGCGACUAAGGUAGCACAUUUCGAGCCGGUACGCACGUAUGCGGUUGAAAAAUUAGCCAACGACAUUAACAAUUCCCUGUAUAUGAUCUUUAAAAUGAAUCUAUGCAAAGAUGAAGACUUCAAACUGGGGGACUUUGAGCAUUUUCAUGUCUUCAGUUGGACGGACGAUCGAUUUUUUGCCAGAAGACAUAUGAAAGGUAUUGCUUGGGUUGAUAUUUUUAUAAAAUCCUUAACAGAGGAAUGUUUGGAUGCAUUCAAAUUGCGCUAUGAUAUUACGGAAUUGGUGCGACUGUUGAAACCGCUGCUAUCAAGCUUCUAUAGCGCAAAUCCUGAGUUCAUAAAAGAAAGCAAAGAAGUGAUUGAAAAUGCACGUCUAUUGCUGGGUUUUCAUGACAAAGUCAUGAAAGAACUGGAAGAGAAUCUCGAAUUUUUCUGCAGUAAAGUCAAUCAGAUCACAAAUAUUUCACUCCACCGUCGAAGUGCGAACCGUGAUGUGGUAAAAAACUACUUCGAACUGGAAACAUUGGCCUAUGUUGUUCGCGAUCCCAUCGAGAAACGAUAUCAAAUCAAUUACUACAAGCAAAAGACGGCUGACUGGCAGUGCUACUUUGAAAACCAGGAGCGUCAAAUUGAGGAAAAAUUACUUAAAGUUCAGAAGAAGCAUAACGCCGAAGUAUACUGUCAUUCAUCCAUGAUGCAGUGCAUAUACGGCAUAAUAGAGGACUACAAACGUCGCAUUGAGGAACUGUCUCAAGAAUAUGAUCGUCGUUUCAAUGAACUCGAAGAGAAGAAUCACAAAUUUAAAACCAAUAUGGAUAAAAUAAAGAUUCAAACCGACUUUUUAAUGGCCGAAAAGGAUUACAUGCAAAUGCGUAUUGAGGAAAUGCAAAAAGGCAAGAAAGUAAAACUUCCGAAAAGGAAAAAACGCUCGCUCAUUUCGAUGUUAUCAAGUGUCAGCGUAAGAGAUUUGAAGAAGAAACGCUCCAAGUUAAAUUAACUAAAUAACGGUGUACAUAUAUUCAUUUACUUGUACAUAAGUAACGGUAUUGUAUAGCAUAGAAAUUCAAAAAGGCUUUCAAGAAAUAUACUAUAGAUACUUGUAAUGACACAGCUUGGGGCUUUAAGAAAA